GGCGAGCCACGCGCGAGGCCACUUUGCACCCUCGGGUGUAUGCGUCCUGCUUCCUGGCGGGCUGUUUAAUCCUCCUCUGCCCGUCCAUGGAGGGGGCCAGGCCCCCAUCUCCAGGAGAUGAGCUGGAGCUCUCGGUGAUCCAGGGGCAGCCAGACGAGCAGGCGCCUCUCAACGGAGCCGUCCAGGGCAUCUUUGCUCUAGAGGAGGAGCCCUGCCCAGUUCAGGCUGACAAGGAAAGCCCUUGGAACUCCUGUAAUAAGAACUUGGUUGGAAAGUGCAAACUGUGGAUGGUCCUCGCCUCUGUUUUCCUAGGUCUCGUUAUAGUCAUCAUCAUAAGCUUAUGUCUGACUGGAGUAACCUAUGUCGAUGAGGAUGAAAAUGAAAUACUUGAAUUGUCGUCUAAUAAAGCAUUCUUGGUCAUGCUAAAGAUUCCAGAGGAUUGUGUAACUGAAGAGAAAUUGCCUGACCUGCUCACGAAAAGGCUCACAGAUGUGUACAGUUCAUCACCAGCUCUGAGCCGUUACUUUACUUCAGUUGAAAUCGUAGACUUCAGUGGUGAAAACGCCACCAUAACCUACCACCUGCACUUUGGGUUUCCGUCGGAAGACCACAACUUUAUGAAGUACGUGAUGAGUGAGGAGUUGGUGCUGGGCGUUUUGCAGCAGGAUUUCCAUGAUCAGAACGUGUCCGGUUGUGAGACUCUGGGGCUUGAUCCAGCGUCCCUCCGGUUCUCUGAAUGAAGUGGUCGAGGUCGAUCUGUGUCUGAAAGCAGCACUCCACUGAACUUUGGGAUGAAGAGAAAUCAUUCCGUUUUACAGAAGCGAUCCUGUGAAUUAACGUAGAAGGACUCACAGUGACUACAGGGCUGGAGACGGCCCUUUUUCUCCUGAUUCUGCACAGUUAGAGUCUGGCACUACGUCCAGCAAAACAGCACCCAGGGCUGCCCCAGCUGGGUCCAGAUGGGGCGGGGUGACCAGGCGGCGGGUGGACCUGCAGGGCCAGGUCGCUGCUGGUCUUGAAGCGCUCUCUGCCUCCACCCACACGUGGACACGCUGUCUUCAGGGUAAGGGUGGCCUUUGAGGCAGGAUCCCGCCAGCCUGAGCCCGUGGCGAGAGAACGGGGAGAGGCGAGGUGAGGGAGAGCUGAGCCAAUCGCUCCCUGAAAUCCUCCGUCCCACCCCGAUGUCUGAUGUACCUCCAAGCAAGGCUGUGAGGAAAAGGCAGGCACUUCACCAGACGUAGGCAGCAUGGUCUGUGUCUCCUUCCAUAGCCCAUAUCUCAGCAAACUAGCCUUGGCACUCCAUCCAAUGUUAUGUAGAGCUACAGAAAUGAGGUGUGUGUUUCUCAUUUCCCUUCUGUGUAUAGUUCCUGCGACUCCUGAACACCUCUUACGGAAACACGGGUCCAUGUUAGUUUUGAACACACGACUCUCAUUUUGGAUGGUUUCUCUAUAUUUUCAUCAACUUUCAUCGGAGAAUCAUUAAGACUGCUUACCGUCUGCUCUAGGUAGUACAUGUUGGUUUUUGUUGUCCAGAGUCACUAGCCUUCCUGUAGGAUUCAGUGUCUUCAGGCACUGAUUGUGUAUCUUAUUGAAGAUAGUUGUGAAACAGGAAGAACCGCGCUCAGAAAUAAACUGCUGGAAGUUUAACGUCAGAUCCUUUUGGGGGGGGUGAGGGUGGAGUGAACAAGAGCGACUCUAUUGGUCGUCUACGGAUAUAGAAUUACCUGUCAUGAGGGAACAAAGUGUCUUGUUAGGAAAAUGGCUUUGCUGGAAAUUUCCAGCAGAGUUUUGUGGUCAUGUAAUGAGAGGUUCUCAGCCUCAGUAUCUCAGUUAAAUUGGCCCUGGGUGGACGUCAGGCUGGGGGCAGCUGCUUUCCGGGAUGUGUUGGAGUACGUGUUGGAGUAUGAGUCUCCGGCUAGAUUUGCCUGGGGCUCUUUAUGACCCAGGACUCUGCAUAAUGUGAAUGUGCUUUGUUAUUUAACUAAAAGAUAACAUUGUGUUUCAUUUUGAGGAUAGUUCCUCCAACUAGUGAAACAGGUGAAUUUCCCUUCUUCCUCUUAUUUUAUAUGUCAAACCUAAACCUUCGUGUUUGUACUUUUAAGAAAAUAAUGAAGAACUUUAUUUUUGCCUCCGCAUUGCCACGUUGACCUUUGCUUCAUAGGGGUUGACUCUCCAGGGCCAGGAUUUGGGUUGGCAUGUUCUCGCAGUAAAUGGUGUUGGAAGUGACCUUUUCAUUUCCCCAAGGGCAGCUUCCCCUUCUGAGUGAGUAAGAUUGAACUGGGCUGGCCUGUGUCUUCCUCUCCCUGUUCCUGUUGCCGGGGGAGCAGGGGGGAACCGUCUCUCCUCUCCACUUCCCCCCGGGGCCCCGCAGGCAGGACCAGGUGUCUGAAGAGCCUGGGGCUGGAAGGAAGGACUGUUUCCUGUCUGGAGGCAGGACCAGGUUUGAUUCUGAUCUUCCCCUCUCUUUUGGAAACCACCAAGAUGCAGGCACCUUGUCUUGGGUUCUGACUACUUGAAAGUCAUAGAGAGGAUUUUCUGUGAGUUUGACUCUUCUGCCCAAAUGGUGUGGAAAGAGCUGAACUUUGUGACUAGAGCGUUUUGAGGUGUUUGGGGGAAAAUGGCACUUACAUACUGUUGUGCUAUAGGAGAUGAAUUGAUUGGCCAUCACACAUCUUCAUGAAGAGCAUAAUGAAGGUACAUAAGAAGGUUUCAACGAAUAUCUGUGGUAUCACUGAAAGGCUUUUUUUGUUUGUUUUGUUUUGUUCUGUUUUGUUUUGUUUUGUUUUUUUGGCCACGUGGCUUGUGGGAUCCUAGUUCCUCGACCAGGGAUCUAACCCAGGCCCUCAGCAGUGGAAGAGCAGAGUCUUAACCACUGGACCACCAGGGAAGUCCCUCACUGAAGGAUUUGAGAAAAAAAACUGGUCUUUUCUGGGAGUCACUUAGGUACAGGCAGAAAGGAUACAGCCAGAUCAGUGGAACCUGCCCCUCCGCCCAUUACUGACAAAAAUUCUAGCCAUGUGUCCUAUUCUUUUCUCCCUUUCAAUUUAACUUUGUUCUGCAGAUUUUUUUAAUGAUCUGUGUUGCAGAAGGCUACAGAAUAUACCAAUGAAGAAGAGGAUGAUAAUAAGGAAAAAAGCCACUGGUUUUAUUAGGGAGUCAGGCUCUGCACAGAUGAAACAGGAAACAGCAGGAAAAAAUAGGUGUUAAAAAUAAAUAAAGACAAACUGCAGGGUUGUGUGAUGGUCAGAGAAAAGGGUGAAAAGUAUAGUUUAAUGGGAGAAGGCUUUGCCUAGGAAGUAGGUCUGGAGCUGAACCUUGAAGCAGUGGUGGGAUUUGAAUAAACAGAUUUGCUUCCCUUUACACAUGUUUGUGUCUUAGGAUGAGCUGCAUGUUUUCUCCUUUCCCCUUUAGAUGUGGACUCUGGACAUGGAUUCUGCCCUAUUCAGAGUCUGAUUAGUGCUGAGAAAAAUGCGAGAAAUCUCUAUGUCUUCCCUUCUCUGCUCCCAUUACUGUUUCAUUGUUUUAAAAUAAGCUAAUUCACACUAUUACUGCAUUGCUAGCAGCAAUCUUUCCUUUAUGAUUAAAGUUCACUAUCCUCUUAGCAACAGAAGGCAGCCCUCUCAUCUUAUAGUUAGGAAACCAAGGUCUGGAGAGGUGGAAGGACCAGCCCAGAAUUCCACAACGUUGGGGUGCAAAGUCCAGCCUAGUGGGCAACCACACAUGAUCAAUGGCCUCCAACUGGUGGGCACCCCAGGGUCAUGCUCAGUUCAGGCUUGGCUACCAUCUGGGAAUCCAUGAGGAGCACAGGUGGUGAGGGGGAAGGGAUGGGUUGAGAGCUGUGAUUAUCAGACUGUACAAGAGUCUCUGGGGUGAUAAUGACCACUCAGCGCUUCACCCAGUGCCUCGCGAAGGAUCCCUCUGUUAAGAAAGCGGGAGAGACUUACGCAGAUCCAUUUAACUGUUGACAGAACCGAGACACACUCUGAUCAAGUGGCUUUCAAGUAGCUUUCUGAACUCAGUAGGUUGGCUUGGAAAAGAACAGAGUCAGAUAAAUGUAAACAAUCUCCUUUUUCU